UCAAAAUUGUCUUCUUCCCACGCUUUCUCUCUUUAAUCCCUCAUUUUUCGUCCUCAAAACCCAUACAUUUCUUCUAAAAAUGGGUUCUUCUUUAUCCCUUUUCUUGAUUCCACGUGAUUCUGCCGCCGCCGCACCACCACCACCGGAAAAUACCGGUCUGGGUGACCUGCCGGAGAGUUGUGUGGCUUCAGUUAUGGUGUAUUUAAACCCAUCCGAGAUCUGUAGCUUGUCAAUGCUUAAUCGUGCUUUUAGGGCUGCUUCUUCUGCUGAUUUUGUAUGGGAAUCGAAAUUGCCGUUAAAUUAUGGAUCUCUUAUUGAUAAGGUUUUUGGUGGGGUUGAUGAUUUUUCUAACAAUUUGUGUAAAAGGGAUAUUUAUGCUAGGCUUUGUCGACCCAGUUAUUUUGAUAGCGGCACAAAGAAGGUUUGGUUAGAUAAGAGUACAGGAAGGGUUUGUCUAUCAAUAUCUGCAAAUGGAUUGUCGAUAACAGGCAUUGAUGAUAGGAGAUAUUGGAAUCGUAUUGAAACAGACGAAUCAAGAUUCCAGUCCAUUGCGUAUCUCCAACAGAUAUGGUGGUUUGAAGUGGGUGGAGAGGUUGAUUUUCCAUUCCCAGCAGGGUCCUAUAGCAUUUUCUACAGGCUGCAAGUAGGACGUGCCUCUCGAAGAUUUGGACGGAGAGUUUGCAACUCCGAGCAUGUUCACGGAUGGGAUAAAAAGCCAGUGCAGUUCCAGCUCUCAACAUCCGAUGGCCAGCAAGCUACAACCCAGUGUUACAUGAAAGAACCUGGAAAAUGGAAAUACCACCAUGUAGGAGACUUUACAGUUACAGGGUCUGCAGCAAAUAUGAAAGUUAAGUUCUCCAUGACCCAAAUCGAUUGCACCCACACCAAAGGUGGACUUUGUGUAGAUUCCGUGUUAAUAUGCCCAAGCGAAUUUACAGAGAGGUUAAAGCGUUUUUAAUUUGCUGUUAACCUUCUCCUUAGGAAAGAGUUUGUAAAAGAGUUAAGAGGUAGCACUAUCCAUCCAUAGUUAUGGAGAAGUUAAUAUGGAACGUCGAUCAGCACUAUAUUAGAUCGAGUCAAUGUGUGCGUACGUGUAUGGCAGGCUUUUUUAAUCCCAACUACGCGUGUUCCUAUGUAUCAUAGGGCUUUUUCUUUGAAGUUUUGGACACACACCUCUAGCGAGGUGGUAGUUGUACUGAGGUCUUAUUGUAUGUUAAAUGCGACUACUUUUUUCAUGUGUA